CUUACAAGAAGUAGAGGACUAUGUAAUAGCAAAUGCCAAUAGUAUAAACCAUAGUGUUGAAGAUAUUUUAGAGAUAUUCAAGAAAGAGAUGAUAUUAAAAUUAAAUGAUUAUAUUUUAUAUAAAACUGUACAAGAUAAAGCAUUAAACAUUUAUAAAAAUUUAAGUAGUGGUAUUAAUAAUGAUAAGAUUAAUACAGAUGGAAAACACAAACUUAGUAUUAAUGAAAGUAUUAAUGGAAGGUU